AUGAAAAUCGGCUUCAAGACAUUUGGAUAUUGUGGGUAUAGUAUCUACAAUGACAUCAGAGCAAGACUACCAUACUACAUUUCAGAUUUCACAGAUGCUUACAAUUAUCGAGUAAUACCGUCUACUACAUUCACCUUCUUUACAAACCUUCUUCCAGCAAUUGCAUUUGCACAAGAUAUGUUCGAUAAGACAGAAAAUCUGUACGGAUUGAAUGAAGUUCUUUUAAGUUCAGCUAUUGGGGGUAUCGUUUUUGGUCUCUUUGCAGGCCAACCAUUAUGCAUAGUCGGGGUGACAGGUCCCAUAGCCAUCUUUAGUUAUACAGUAUACGAACUCAUUACUCCAAGGGGUACUCCCUUUUUCCCAUUCAUGUGUUGGAUUUACCUCUGGUCUAUGGUAAUGCAUUUCAUUAUUGCAAUCGGUAAUAUGAUCUCCUUUCUUAAGAUUAUAUCACUGUUUUCAUGUGAAGUGUUUGGAUUUUUCAUUUGUAUUGUGUAUAUCCAGAAGGGCAUCCAAAUAUUGACUGCUCAAUUCACCCCUGAACAUCCCGACAGUGGCUAUUUAUCUGUUCUUUUAGCAAUAUUAAUGGCGGUUUGUGGUAUUGGAAGUAGCAUUUUUGGUGGCCAAUUACAUUAUUUUAAACCUUGGGUACGGAAAGUAUUUGUAGAUUAUGGUGCACCACUUUCAGUCAUUUUUUUCACAGGGUUUGUACAUUUUGGUGGUUAUAUGGAUACUACAGAAUUGGCUAAAUUACCAAUUACAAAAUCUUUCCAUCCUACUCAACCUGCUAAUUCUAUUGAAAGACCUCAUGGUUGGUUCAUACAUUUCUGGCCCGGUGAUAACAUUUCAGUGGGUGAUGUGUUUCUUGCACUUCCAUUUGCAAUUUUAUUGACAUUUUUAUUUUAUUUUGAUCACAAUGUAUCCUCAUUGAUGUGUUUGCUGAAAGAAUUCCCACUUAAGAAGCCAGCAGCAUUUCACUGGGACUUUGCAUUACUUGGUAUUACUACUGGUGUGGCCGGAUUAAUUGGUCUCCCCGCCCCAAAUGGUCUCAUUCCUCAAGCUCCAUUACAUACAGCAUCUUUGGUUGUACAUGAUUUAAAAACAGGGGAAGCCAUAUCUGUUGUAGAACAAAGAGUUACUAAUACUUUACAAGGACUCCUUACGAUAGUAAUGAUGACAAGGCCAUUCUUGGUUGUUUUGGGACUUAUUCCACAGGCAGUGUUAGCUGGUUUGUUUUUUAUAAUGGGAAUUACAGGAUUACACGGGAAUCCUAUUACAAAUAAUAUACGAUAUUUGUUUUUGGAUAAAGAUUAUAUUAAAUAUGAUCCUAAUUGUCCUGAAAUGUUUCGAAAAAUUGAUAGUCUUCCUAGAAAAAAAUGGUUCUAUGUUUACCUUAUCCUUCAACUUAUAGCUGCUGGACUUGAAUUUGGAAUUACAAACACCAAGGGUGCAGUAGGUUUCCCCGGUGUACUCAUGUUUUUCGCCAUUUGCGCUGAAUGGAUUUGGCCAUUAAUUAUCCCACGGGAGGACUUAGAUUUGUUAGAUUCUGAAGUGGCAGAUGCAUCGAUCAUUAGAAACUUGGAGGUUUCUAAUGCUGUUCGAGAUAGAAAGGAAAGUUUGGAGAAGCGAUCUGAUAUAGAAACCAGUUUGGAGGACCUUGCGUCAGAAAAUGACACUUCAGAUAUUGGGGUUAGAGUUUCGCAUGGAAAUAACCAUUGA